AUGACGAGAGUCGCCACACCCCCGAUCGACCUUCUCGCUGCCCCAACGCCAUCAUCGCCAUCAUCGCCGUCAUCGCCUGGUCCUAAGCGCGGUGUGUGGGGUAGAGCCUGCACCACUCUCGGUCCUGCCGACUUCCUGUGCAAUUGCAACAAGGAAGGCUUCUUCUUCAACGAGGCUGACAAGACGUGCUUCGCCCCGUUGGUGCGUACGACGGUGGCACUGCAGCAGGGAGGCUCGAGAAGCAUUGUGCCGGCCAGCUUCUUGGCACCGCUGCCGGCAGAGCAGGCCAGUGCCAGUGGCAGCAGCGCGUGCGGCAACCUGUACGUCACCAUCGAAGGCACCGCCAAGAUCACUGUCGUGUGGAAUGCCUCCAACCCCGCCCCGCCUGUUGACGAAGCGCCCAGCAACGCCAUGUGCAAGAGCCUGUCGUUCUACGGCGAGUCGUUCUGCAAGGAGAAGCUGGGUUUUACGAUCGCGCGACCUGCAAAGAAGGGCAGCUCCUACCCCGUCACAAAAAAGACCGUCAAAGGAAUCCGUUCGCUGUUAUCAGUUGGCUGCGAGAUCACCAUGUGUGAGAAUGAUUGCGGGUCUGCAAAGUGCGUUGUGAAGGAGGGCCAGCCGCAGUGCCAGUGCCCCGAGGGCCUCGUAUUCAACGCCGCUAAGAAGCGCUGCCUCGACCCGUCUCUUGCUCCUCGUAGGCGACCCUAG